AUGAACCGUUCUCUUCCCAUGGCCACCGACGAUGCGGAUCUUUGGUCCGAUAGCCACAGCAUGGACUCGGACGAUAUCCAAUCCCUCCAUCUUCCCCAGUCUCCUUGGCUAGAAUCACUCUCGACUGGAUCCGCUUCUGGGUCCGUGCCGUCGACUAUGAGUUUCGUUCACACGGGCCAGCUCUCGCCCAUCAGCAAUGGUAUGGAUAUACCUUGUGCCAUGUCCGAGAACUCGGCCAGCGACUCGUCCGCAUCGGGGUCGCCCAAUGCACCGGCUAUGGCCCACUCGGCAUCAUCAUCGGCUAGCACCGAUACCUGGGCGAUGGGGGGAUACAUGAGCGCGGACGAAGCCCUCGAAAUGCCCCAUGAUCCGGACGGCCGUGAUGAGAUCGACUGGGACUCCAGCGAUGCCAUGGCGGUUCCGAAACUAGAGCCUAUCGACGAUGACGACUUUUGUAUGGAAGAUCUUAAAGAGGCACCGUCGACGCCACUUGCCGGUGCAGGGAGUGCUCCUGCAACAGAUCAGCCAAAGCUGAAAAGGCCAAGAGGCCGGCCGCGGAAGCACCCACUCACAUCCAGUGUUUCCUCGAGCAAGAUAACGAAGGGACGGUCCAAGACGGGAUGCCUUACCUGUAGGAAGCGGAAGAAGAAGUGCGACGAGGCGAAACCACGGUGCAUGAACUGCGAGAAAAAUGCCGUCGUUUGUGAAGGGUAUCCAGAGAAACAGAUAUGGAAAAGUGGGAAAGAGAGGGCCGAAGAAGAACGUCUGAAGUCUCGCAGUCUACCGCCAAUCUCAAUACAACCCAUUUUCCACGGCCUGGAGACAGUGGAAGACAUGAUAUUCUGGAAGCACUACAACGAACAUCUCAGCACUGUACUAACUGUCGAGGGAGAGCACAAGAAUGCCUUCAAAGACAUGAUGGUGCCGAUCGCAGUGAAACACCAAGGCCUAAUGCAUUCGAUUCUUUCGCUCGCCAGCAAGCAUAUUGAUUUUGAUACCCCAUAUGGCAUUAAUAUUCUGAAAAACAAUCCCACCACGACCGCAGCGGCACUGCAAGAGCGCUCGCUUUACCAUCACGACCAGGCUCGGCUAAAGUUCUACGAUGAUGUCGAGUUCAGCAACGACAAGCCGAACCCGGAUUUCAAGAUUCUCGUCUCGGCACGCUAUGGCCAGAUGCUCUGCUUUCUUCUCGAGGCGUUGGCCGAAGGCAACCCUCGGGGUGAGCAUCGCCUUCACCUCUCGGCAUAUCAAAACCUGAUAUCGAGCUCCCCUCCAGAUGAUCCCGCUUUCUUUUCAUUUAUCGCCGAGUUCUUCCAAUACCACAUCUUUGCGGACGAGCUCCUCCACUCUGUCAAUGGUCCGGGUUCCUACCCAGCUCCCAAGGAAUCGCAGCUGGUUCCCCCGGUGCACCCGCCGCGGUUACUGGGCGUUGCAGACGGUCUUCUCCACUACCUGUCGCAGAUAACAGCCAUCAGAAACACGAUACGAAGCAACAUGCUUGAUCAAACUGAUCCCGUCGUCGACUAUGUGAGUCUAUACCGCGCGGCCGAAAUCGACGCUGCUAUCAGGGAUUGGACUCCUCAUUGGCCCCUCGGAGACAGCCGUGACCACGUAGGGGUCCUUUACAAAAACAUGAUGUGGAUUUAUCUUGUCCGAACGAUAUACCCACCAUCAUCCUCUGCGCCAUCGUCCUCAAUGGCUUCAUCUGCUAUAUCUCUCCCAGUGGUACAUAGCACACCAUCUCGUGGCCGACCAACGUCCUCUGUCGUGAAUACACCCCCACAGUCAACGUCGACGAGCUGUGCCUCCUCCCCGAGGCUUUCUGCCACUUGCUCUGUUUCCGCGAGUUGUCUGCCCAAUCAAGACCUCGGCCUGGCCAAGCAGAGACCUAUCGGCAUAGACACUGCAACGGCCACGGACACUCAUCUUACCGAGAACCGGACAUCUCCGCCGCCUAUUCGACAGCCGCCCCAACACGACCCCCGAGUCAGCCUCGCGGUUGACGAGUCACUGGCGAUUAUCGAAAAGUUCAAACCCAGUGACCCUAGCCAGACUCUGCUCCUCCUCCCCUGUUUUGUGAUCGGUACCUCAUGCUUUGCCCCUGGUCAACAGGACCGCGUACGCGCCGCCGUCAGGACAGCCAGGGGCUAUACGGGCCUCCGUAACACGGACCGCGUCAUGGAUGUCCUCGAACGCGUAUGGCAACACAUGGACUCCGGGGAAUGGGCAGCCGUCUGGGAUUGGCCCGGAGUCGCACGCUCUUUAGGUCUGGAUUUCAUUCCGGCUUAA